GAGGCCGCUGGCUGGGUCAAUACACCCAGACAAGGCAGGGCCCCGCCUUCAGGCCGCCGCCUCCGACCCCCACCCCCUCGCGUCCCUGAGCAGGCCUGAUCAGCCUGGAGCCUCCCCAGAGAGGCCAGCUGCGAGGCGAGAGGUCUGCGGCCCGCAAGAAAAGGUCUAGCUGGACCGGAGAGCGGGGUGCUGAGGUACUCAAGUACAGCCCAUGGAAGAAUCAUACGAAGAGGUGGUGAUUAAGCUCAUACAGCAGGAGUGGACAUGUUUGGAUUUCCAACAGCUACCCUGCUGGACUGUCAUGGAAGAUAUGCCCAGAAUGUAGCCUUUUUCACAUAUUGGUGCAUCUUACAUGACUUCCCUCUCAUUUUACCAGAUGUGAUGACAGAAGCCCACCAAAAAUAUGAUCACUCUGAGGCCACAGGAUCCUCAAGCUGGGAUUUCCAGAAUUCUUUCAGAAGAGAGAAGCUGGAACAAAAAUCCCCAGAUUCUAAGACACUACAGGAAGAUCCACCUGGAGUGAGACAGAGGGUCUAUGAGUGCCAGGAAUGUGGAAAAUCCUUCAGGCAGAAGGGUAGUCUAACAUUACAUGAGAGAAUCCACACUGGUCAGAAGCCCUUUGAGUGUACCCAUUGUGGAAAAAGCUUUAGGGCCAAAGGCAAUCUUGUUACACAUCAACGAAUACACACAGGAGAGAAGCCCUAUCAGUGCAAGGAGUGUGGGAAAAGCUUUAGUCAACGAGGUAGUCUGGCCGUUCACGAAAGACUCCACACGGGACAGAAACCCUAUGAGUGUGCUAUUUGUCAGAGAAGCUUCAGGAAUCAAAGUAACCUUGCUGUUCACAGAAGAGUUCAUAGUGGUGAGAAGCCCUAUAGAUGUGAUCAGUGUGGAAAAGCCUUCAGUCAGAAAGGAAGCUUAAUUGUUCAUAUCAGAGUCCACACAGGCCUGAAACCCUAUGCCUGUGCACAAUGCAGGAAGAGUUUCCACACCAGGGGGAACUGUGUUCUGCAUGGCAAAAUCCACACAGGAGAGACACCCUAUCUGUGUGGCCAGUGUGGGAAAAGCUUCACUCAGAGAGGGAGUCUGGCUGUGCACCAGCGAAGCUGCUCACAAAGGCUCACCUUGUAACCACUCUCUUCAGAGGAAGUUCUCUUUAUGAAUUAACAGGAUAAAAUCACCUGAGAUUAAACAGCCUAUCCAAUUUUAUGGAAUGAAUGGAGACUCCUUCAGAAAGACCAUCACUGGGUAGACCAAACUGAGUUUUCUUUUUUCCCCCCAAAUGAGUAUGAAAAAUAAAUGUCUUGUUUAUUAUCAUUA